CCGACGGGGCGGCCGUUCGGGACCCGGGAGGCGGCGGCGGCGGCGUUCGCAUCGCUGCGCCCCCGGGGCCCUUUGCGCUCCGGUGCGCGCCGGCCGGCCGGGCCAAGAUGCGGCAGGAGCGCUCCACAUCCUACCAGGAGCUGAGUGAGGAGCUGGAGCAGGCCGUGGAGAACUUGGAGCAGGACAAGGUGCCAGCGGUCAGAGUCCAUGGCUCUGGCGUCUUCCCAGCCCUGGCCAGUGAGUCCCCUAGCCGUGACCGCCGCGUGAGCAAGGCCUGCCUCAAGAACGUGGCAUCUGUGCUGCUCAUCCUGAUCUACCUGCUGCUCAUGGCCGUGGCAGUCUUCCUGGUCUACCAGACCAUCACUGACUUCCGGGAGAAGCUCAAGCACCCUGUCAUGUCCGUGUCCUACCAGGAGGUGCAGCAGUAUGAUGCCCCAGGCAUCGCUCUCUACCCUGGGCGGGCACAGCUGUUGAGCUGCGAGCAUCACUAUGAGACCAUACCCCGGCUGCAGAGCCCCGGGCAACGUGGGCUCAUGGAGUGUAUCACACAAACAGUUAACUACACGGACCCCUUCUCCAACCAGACUCUGAAGUCGGCCCUGGUGGUACGGGGGCCCCAAGAGGUGAAGAAGCGCGAGCUGGUCUUCCUGCAGCUGAGUCUCAAUGGCAGCAGCGAGGACUUCAGUGCCAUCCGCUACUUGCUCUUCUCAUCCUUCCAUGACUUCAUGCAGAGCCCCAACAGGGCGGGUUUCAUGCAGGCCUGCGAGAGCGCCUACUCUGGCUGGCGCUUUUCAGGUGGCUUCCGCACCUGGGUCAAGAUGUCGCUGGUGAAGACCCAGGAGGAGGAUGGGCGUGAGGCUGUGGAGUUCCGGCAGGAGACAAGUGUGGUAAACUACAUCGACCGUCGGCCAGAAGCCGAGAAGCAUGCGCAGCUCUUCUUCGUAGUCUUCGAGUGGAAGGACCCGUACAUCCAGAAGGUCCAGGAUAUCAUCACGGCCAAUCCCUGGAACACCAUCGCGCUCCUUUGUGGGGCCUUCCUGGCGCUCUUCAAGGCGGCAGAGUUUGCGAAACUCAGUGUGAAGUGGACAAUCAAAGUCAGGAGGCGCUACCUGAAAAAGAGGCUGGAGAGCAAACCACACAGACUCAGGUCGCCCGGGGCUGCCCCCUGCCGGCCUUCAUCCCGUGAAGAGGCUGGGUUUCCGGGACAAACAGCUGUGUCUCCUGAAGGCAGUGUGGGCAUCGUCUGAGUUUCAUGCAGACUUGUAGGGGGCUAUGGUGGGCACAGGGCACGUCUCCGAGUCCUGGCAUGACUUCCUAUUCUGUGCUGUCAGCCUCUGUCCACCUUAGAGUUUCAACAUGGACUAAAGGAGGUGACCCUCUGGUCAGUGGGCUUGUUCGUGGCGUACUGAGAGCCAGUUGGAAAUGCCUGGAAGGUCCUUCUCCUGUGGACCUCCGUGGCUAUUUGAAGACACUGCAAGAUUUAGUGUGUGUAUGCCGUGGGCAUGCCUGCAGUGUCAGGAGGCUCUCACUAAGGGUGAAUAAAGUUGGACUGAUACAACA